AUCAUCAACGCAGCAUGCUGUGAGUAUAUGUGUGUCUGUGUACAGACAGAUCUGUGCAGUGCGAACCGAGAGACCCCUCCAGUUCACAUUAACUCAGUGUUUUGGAGUGCUCACCACUGCUGUGAGAAGCAUGAAAACAGGAAUUCAGCAGCUCACUAUCGAGUGAGAGGAAGGUGCGCAGCAACGAGCUGAACCCUGAGGGCCAUCAGUAGAGAACAAUGUGUAGCUCUCUGAGCCCAAAACAGCCCUGUGGCCCCGGGCUGACUGACAUGCAACAGUACCACCAGUGGCUCUCCAGUCGACAUGAAGCCAGCCUACUGCCCAUGAAGGAAGACCUAGCCCUUUGGCUUUCUAAUAUUCUCGGUCUGGAAAUCACCGCUGAGAGCUUCAUGGAUCGGUUAGACAAUGGCUUCCUGUUGUGCCAGCUGGCUGAGACGCUACAGGAGAAGUUCAGGCAAAGUAAUGGAGACCUGCUUGCCCUUGGCAACAGCAAGAGGAAAAUUCCAACUCGGAGGAUACCCUGUCGGCAGAGUGCUCCCUCUGGCUCUUUCUUUGCACGGGACAACACAGCCAACUUCCUGGCCUGGUGCCGUGAGGUUGGAGUCGGAGAAACAUGUCUCUUUGAGUCAGAAGAUUUAGUUCUUCAUAAGCAGCCGCGAGAGGUGUGCCUCUGUCUUUUAGAGUUAGGCCGGAUAGCAUCACGGUACAAUGUGGAGCCUCCUGGUCUUAUAAAACUUGAGAAGGAGAUUGAACAAGAAGAAAGUGUGGCACCUCUACCUCCUCUAUCAACUUCACCCUCAGCUCAGCCCCUCCCUUCAUCUCCCUCUUCAUCUCCUACCCCAUCUGCACCUCCAUCUCCUACCCCAUCUCCAUCCCCAUCCCCAACUCCAACCAAAGUGACUUCAAGCAAAAAAAGUACUGGGAAGCUGUUGGAUGAUGCUGUAAGACGUAUCGCUGAUGAGCCACCCUGCAGGUGUGUAAAUAAGUUCUGUGUGGAGAGACAGUCACAGGGUCGCUACAGAGUUGGGGAGAAGAUGCUCUUUAUACGGAUGCUGCACAACAAGCAUGUGAUGGUGCGGGUUGGUGGAGGCUGGGAGACUUUCGAGAGCUACUUGCUGAAACAUGACCCCUGUCGCAUGCUACAAAUUUCCAGAGUGGAUGCAAAGGCAUCCCCCAUCAACACCAAGUCCACCAACAUCAAAGACCUUACACCUGACAGCUACUUAGUGGUGGCAGCCCACUACCGCAGCAAGAAGUGAACAUAAUAAUAAUAAUAAUGUGCCAUUCUUUAAAGGACACAUUGGAUGAUUUGUAUUGUUAAUCUCUUCCAUAACUUGGGGGCAUGGCCAUGCAACAUAUCUUUUUUUUAGAGUGGACGGUUGUGGUGAUGGGAGGGGGGGGGGGCACAAAGGGAAAUCAUGGGUGUUUGUGAUUGAACUGAUGCUUUGUUUUAAUCAUCUGUCAUUUGUCAUCUUAUUGACUUUGGUAUGGUUUAGUUUUAAAUUACUGAAACCAGCUUUGAAAAAUGCGCUGAGCUUUACAGUAUAAUGCAGUAAAGGGUACAAAAGAAGUUGUAGAUUUUUCUGAGAUUUAUUUUUAAACAUUAAUUGUACUUGAAGUAGAGCAGUACUUAAAGUAGCAGUAUCUAGAGGCUUUUGUGUGUUUGUACCUGUUGGAAAGAAAACUUUGUUGAAAAGAAAUAAGGAGAUUUCAGCACUUUUUGAAGCCAAUUUUUUUUGUGUAUACUAGUGGGUAUUUUCUAAGGCAAUGUAUUGUGCCCUACUGUCCCUCCCCAUCCUUCAUUCUUUUAUUUUUUUCUUUCUUGAGCUGCCAUUAUCCUGCUUUUGAUAUUUCUUUAGAGGUAGCCAAAGCCUUUUUACUUGUUUGCAUCCUGUUUUUUAAACACUGCCAAAUCUCCCAUUGUGUAACAUUAAUUGUAAAAUGUUCAAGUUUUUUUGCUUUUUGCAUUUGACCAAAAAAUGAAGCAACUGUCAUAUUCAUCUCUGUACAAUGUAGUUUUAUAUUAUCCAUUAUCAGAAUAAUUUCUGUACUUGAUGGCAAAACUGAAAAGCCUUCAGCAGAUUUACUCAAGGUUCUCAUGCAGUUUGUUAGAUGUUACUGACCUCUAGAGGCAAUGCAGCCAUUUUGGUAUACGAACAAGUGUCUUGAGUGCUUAUAAAUAAGAUAUAAUUGCCUCCAUUAGUCUAUUCUUGACUUUAUUCCUGAAAUAUCAAGUCAUGCCCCUUGUUACUGUAGGACAAAUAACGCCUUCUUUGUCUCUGAACAUCUUAACUAUGUCUGUUUUGCUUUUUUUUUUAACAAAAUAAUUACUUAAAAAGGGAAAUUUGCUUUAAAUAAGAAAAAAAAAACUGUAAUGUCCAGUAUUGUUCAUGAGUUGUAGACUCAAAGUUGGUAGUAAACAUUACUGUCACUCAUUGCAAUGUAAAACCAUAAUUCAACAAUGAGAAAUACACACAAAAGUAGCAGAAAUGUGAUUCAUUUAUUGUAGCAAAUACCAUUGGCCAGAUAUUCUGUUCUACAAAAUGGCAAGAGCACCAGAAGCAUUCAAGGAUCAAGAGAAGGCUGUAAGAAAUGCAUUUAAUAGAGCAUAUCAAAGUACAUAUUUCACCACAUUUUCUUCCAGUUCCUCAUUUCUUCUUUAAUUUCCAUUCCACUGAGAUGAACAAAAAUCUCCAAACAAAAAAGUGGAAGAAAGAAUAUUUGCUUUUCACCACAUACUAACAAACCAUGGUGCAAAGAGGCAUCUAGCAAAAAAUGACUUCUGGCAAUUCCCAUUUAAAUAUCUUUAUCCCAUUUUACAUCUCAUUUAAAUUAAUCAGCAAUCAUAUUAGUGUUAUGCACACAUUAUAAUUUAAAUCAAUAAACUCAAGUUAUGCAUAUGUACAU